AGUUGAGAUCAAUAAAAAGUUGGGAUUAUUUUUAUAAUUUAGGGUGUUAAAUUGUGCAUAUUCUAUCAACAAUACAGGAUAGGGUGAGGGAUACCUCUCAAGAAGAGGAGGAAACACUUAAUUAAGAUGAACAUGAAUGGAUCGACAUCAAAAAGCUAAGUCUGGUGGGGGCUGGAUGACUGCUAAACAGGGGCAGAGAUUUUGACGAGAAAAUCAACCCUGUGACAUGGCAUAGAAGGAAGGUUCAAAAGCAAAGCAGGCAGAGUCGUCGUCCUAGAAACAGAAACCGCGUCACCACUUCCCACUUUGAUCCAGACAAGAAACCCUCUUUUCUUCAACUGCAGCAGCAGACUCCCUCCCUCCCUCCCGUUCCAUUUCCAUUUAAGUGACGCAGCCUUGUUUCUUUCAAUGGCGGCGGCGUCUCUUCUUACUUUUCCUGUAACUAAGAGUAGCAUCUUAUCGAAUCUAAUCUCCGAAUUCCUAAUUUUAUCGAACCAUAAUCAACUCUUCUUCUUCUUCUUCUUCUUUAUCUUUGCUUUCUUUCUUUCUUUCUCUCUCUCUGUCUUUUUUCUCUGCAGAAGACUUCGUCGACGACCCAAAACCCAUAACGAACCCUUACUUAUUGACCCUUCUUUAACGAAAUUGAUUAAUGGAGCUCGAAAAACGGGUGAAAAUGGCAAGACCCGUUUGUCCCAUUCGCUUCUUCUUGAUAUCUUGCCAGGUGCACUGACAAGUGGUGACGUGGAUAAGACCGGGUUGGGUCGUGAGGAGGAGAGAGACGGGUCGGUUGAGGAUCUGCAGGGGGUUAAGAAGAAGAAGAAGAGGAAGGCGAAGAAGAAAAGAUUGUUAGAUUUGAAAAGUGAAGAAAAUGGUUUUGGCGGUGAUUCAGAGAAAGAAAGGCAAGUUCCGGGCUCGCGUCCGGUCAAGCCAGAAUUGGUAUGUCUGUAUCCUUUUACUUCUACGAGCAGUGCUACCCAGAGAAAGAUCAAGCAGCAGUAUGAUCAGCUUGUCAAGUGCAAUGAAAGCAAUGCACUGACAUUAGCUCAGGUUGGAGAAUUUGCAAAUUGCUUGAUUGAGGCUAGAACUGAGUUGCAACACAAGUCAGAGGUCAUCAAGCGUAAGUUCACAAUAACAAAGGCUCUGCUGUUCAAGGCAGAUAGGUCUUCAAUUGAUCGCCUUCGUCAACAGAUUUACAAGCUAGAGCUAGAACAAAAAAGAUUAGAGGAGGAUACUUUUGUUUAUAAUUGGCUUCAGCAGCAGCUUAAACUCUCACCAGCAUACAAGAAGAUGCUUGAAAUCAGUGCCUGUGUGGAGUUGAAGGCCAAGUCCGAAGAGGUGAUCGAGACAAAAGAUCAUGAAUUUGGUGAUAUUUCCUUUGAAGAGCUGUUAGCACAAGAAAAGAAGGAUGCAUUUUGGCAGAAAAAUGGGAAAUUGCGAACAUACUCAAGCUGAUGAUAAUAUUGGUUCACUAACUGUAUUAAUGGAUUAACAAUUUUUGGUUUUGCCAAUGGAAGCUAGUUAAUCCUUAAUGUUUUAGUCUCAAGACUUGAAACUUUUGCUAAACUACUACAAUGCAUUCAAACAUUGGCUGUAGUUUGCUCCCGCCUGGCUAACUUGUUACGUAGCAUUUGGUCAUGGAAUCGAAGCUAAGGUCGUGCUUGUCUUGAGGGCAUGAAAGCCGAUCAUAUAUGUUUGAAUCUCACCUUUGUAACUGAAAUAGCAGUUGAAGGAAGCCAAGUCUUCCAAUAAGUUUUAGUCGGAAUUCAAGUCUUAACGUGUGUCCACUAAAGAACCAAAAUAUGGACCCUUUCAAUUUGAAGGAUAUGGUGCAUGGAAUGAAAUCCUUUUGUAAUUUAUUGGCAGUUAAUGUGUAGGAUUAGUCAUUACUAGUGUUAAACCCGCGCUCUGCUGUGGGAUUGGUUUUAUCUUUUCAAUGAAUAAUUUGAUAAUAAAUUUAUAAAUAUGGUAUAAGUUUUUAUCUUC